GUUGGGGGGGCAAGUGCACGAGGCCCGCUGCGCACCCAGCUCUGCUCCCCGCCGUGCUGGCCGCCCGCCCCGGCCUCCGCCUGGGGAUGAAGUGGGAGGCGCUAGAAGCCACUUAGCUCCAGCCUGGCGCCCGCCCGAUGCGGCGCUCGCUCGCUGCCCCCGCCACCGAAGCGCCCGCGAGGCACAAUGCAGCACUGAGGCAGCGGCGGCUGCGGCAGCGGCGCGGGCCGGGAAGGGGCGGCGGGGAACCGGAGCCCGCGGCCGGGGCACGAGCAGCUGAGCGCCGCCACCAUGCAGGCAGCGGCAGCCGCGUCCUUCUGGCUGCUCUGCGCCUUGGGGACCUGCCCCCUGGCAAGCUGCGGUCCGGCAGGAGACGCCUCACUGAGGGAGCUGGAGAGGGCGGACGAAAACCGCUUCCUGGAGCGCCAGAGCACCGUGCCACUGCGUCUCAUCUACCGCUUGGGCGGCGAGGACGAAACUUGGCACGACCGGCUCAACACACGGGUGCGGGGCCACCCUGGCGGCCGGCAGCUGACUCACGUGGACAAGGCAAGCUUCCAGGUGGAUGCCUUUGGAACAUCGUUCAUUCUUGAUGUCCGGCUAAACCAGUA